CCACUUUCUUAUUCGUCCCCAACUUACCAUAUCUCCUCUCUACUCUCUAAGUGAGUGUUCUAAUCUAAUCCAAUGGCACUCUGCAUCCCAGCAACCCUACUCUUUCUUCUAACCCUAGCCGCCGCCGUUGAUGCUCACAUCCCCGGCGUAUUCACCGCCGGAUCCUGGCAAAACGCCCACGCCACCUUCUACGGCGGCAGCGACGCCUCCGGUACUAUGGGCGGAGCUUGCGGUUAUGGUAACUUAUACAGCCAGGGUUACGGCGUUGACACGGCAGCCCUAAGUACAGCUCUAUUCAACGAAGGUCUGAGUUGCGGCGCUUGUUUUGAAAUAAAAUGCGAUAACGACGGAAAAUGGUGCCUCCCCGGAAACCCUUCAAUUCUUAUCACCGCAACAAAUUUCUGCCCACCCAACUUCGCUCUCCCGUCAGAUAACGGUGGCUGGUGUAACCCACCUCGUACCCAUUUCGAUCUAGCCAUGCCCAUGUUCCUUAAAAUCGCCGAAUACAAAGCCGGCAUAGUCCCGGUGAAUUACCGUCGGGUGGCAUGUAGAAAAUCCGGAGGGAUAAGGUUUACAAUCAACGGUUCAAAAUUCUUCAACUUGGUUUUGAUAAGCAACGUGGCAGGAGCAGGAGACAUCGUGAAAGUGAGUAUAAAAGGAAGUAAUACUCAGUGGAUGACUAUGAGUAGGAAUUGGGGGCAGAAUUGGCAAUCUAAUGUUGUUCUUGUCGGUCAAGCGAUCUCUUUCCGCGUUACGGGCAGCGAUCGCCGCACCUCCACGUCUAUGAAUAUCGCGCCUUCUAAUUGGCGUUUUGGACAAACAUUUACCGGGAAGAACUUUCGUGUCUGAUGAAACAAUUAAUGACCUAAUAUUUUAUUAUUAUUAUUAUUAAUAUUAUAUGAUUUUAUUUAAUUAAUAUCCGCCCUAGAGGUUUCUCCAUUUUCUUUGAGAAAGCUUUGAAGGUGGCGGGUAUAGUCCGUCCUAGGGAAGGGAUGAGAUGAGAAUCUUAUUAGUAAAAACCAUAGAUUCUGGAUAAGGUUUUAUUUUUAAGGGAUAGUUUGAUUAAGCUU